CCCACUGCUCUAUGAGCCUCAAACGCCUGUGUCCGCCGGUGUGUUUGGCCACGGUGACUCACCCGGUCCAGAUGUGGACCCCUGGGGGCCGGUUCUGCCCCAGAUGCAGUGCUCUCCGCUGGGCUCCGUGUCUGGAAGCGUCCACAUGGGGAGACAGAGCUCCGUGGAGUUCAGGUCAACGCCUACAGAGGACUUCUCCAACAACCAUUUUUUCCCGUACGGUUACCAUGACAACAACGCCAGCCAGCCCUACUGCAGCCCCUCCACCCCUGGUCCAAGUCCUCAUUACCCUCAGACCCCUCAGACCCCUGCUAUCUCCAGUCCUGGUCCCCAAAUGCAUCCCAGGACCGAGACACUCCCGUUUCAAACACAGACGCCAACGCAGCUGAACAGAGAUCAAACCACCAGCUGCUGUCUGCAUGAGUCUGACAGCUACCCAGCGACCUCUGACCCCGUCCAGCACCAGCUGAGCAGAAACGUCCUCCCGAGUCAAACGGAGCCGGUCCAAAACCAGUCGGGCGUCCCAGAUGCUGCCGGUAGUCUAGAGAGCUGCUUCCCUCCACAGGGAAGAGGCCAGGAUGUCAGCAGCCCGGCCCAGCCUGCAGGCCUCAAUGCUGGGCUGAGCUGGGGGAACGAGUGUGGAGGAGGAAGGAGACGAGGAAGAGGAGGAGGAGGAGGAGGAAGAGGAGGAGGAGGAGGUGGAGAUAGUCAACCAGACUGGAACUGGGUCAAACAGGCUCAACAUGAAAACCUCCCGAAGGCUCCAGACCCCAGGUUGUUGUGUACAGUGUGUAAACGUGACUUCAGGAGUUUGCCGGCGUUGAACGGUCACAUGCGUUCCCACAGCGGCUUCAGAUCAGCUUCAUGGUUGAACAAGGGCAACACUUCCCCUCCCGUCUCCAUGGUGAUGCCCGUCUCCGUGCCGGUCCAAACCAGAGGCGCGUCCAAGGUGAGCAGGGCCGGACCGCAGCGGAGGUGCACUCGCCAGUCCUCGGCCGCAGGAGGCGCCGUGCUGUACUGCAGCCUGAUGCGGGUCGACGCUGCCAAGGAGGAGGCGGUUGCUAAGGGGGUUGCCAGGGGCGACGGUGGCAGAGGUCACUACACUCCUCCGCCCAUGCUGUGUCCGGUGAGGACGGGACCGGGGCUGCACUGCUCCCUCACCACCAGGAGGCAGCAGAGAGUUCAGAUUCUGAAGCUUCACAACUCACAGAAUGGACUCAGUGAUGUUGUUUCCAUGGAGACGGCCCCUCCCUCUCCUGUCACACCAACAACAGGAACCAAUAAGCCGCGGAUCAACGUGGGGCAGGGCUACCAGGUGGAAGUCCCGCCCCUUCAGGACAGGAAACACGCCCACUCUGACUCCCACAAUGCACUGCAGCUGUGGACGCCAUUAGACAUGCUGGAGCAUCCUGCCAAUGAGCAGAGAGUGGAAACUCUGCUGACGAUGGCGUGCUCAGGUGUGGUGCCAGGGGGCGGGACCAGCCCAGAGUUCACCCUCAACAUCCUAUCAGAGUGCAGAGGAGACAUCCUGCUGACGGUGGAGAAGCUGCUGUCGACUCCUGAAAGCUCCGACAACAGUCACUCAGCAGCUGGCGUCAGGUGGAGCCCAGCAGAGAGGAAGCUGAUGGUGAAAUCUCUGCAGCUUCAUCAGAAAGACUUCAGCAGCGUGCAGAAAGCCGUGCAGACCAAGUCGCUCCCUCAGUGUGUGGAGUUUUAUUAUCUGUGGAAGAAGAAGCUGAGUCUGAGCGCGAGGACGACGGCCGGGCUGACCGUCGCGCUGCCCGACAAAAACGGUCAAAGGUCGUGAGGAUGCAUCAGGAACCAGCAGGACUGUCGACCACUGGAGCAACACACUACACAAACACACACACAUGUAUAUAUAUAUAUAUAUAAAUGUGUUGUUAUUAAAAGCUUAAAGUGUGACUGUUAUCAAGUUAACUUCCAGGUUUAGUGUUUAAAUCCUCUCGUCUCUUCACUCAGAUGUUUUUAAUGUUUAAUAUCAUCACAUGUUGUUUAUUUAUUUCCUGUUUUUCUUUCCUCAUGUUGUUUUAUUGAUUUAAAAAAAACAAUGUAUUAGAAGCGCUGAACAUUAAAGCACAACUGUAGCUUUGUUUUCUAUUAAGUACAAAAAAAAAAGUUCUAUUUUCUAUGUUUUUAACUUUUCAGCUGAUAAAACAAGUGAAAUAAAUA